UGCAUUGAUGUCAGGGAUGGCUCCCGCCUCUCACUGGCGCAUGCUUUUUAGGACGAUUAAAGGCGCCAGUUUUAUAGUCGUAUUAGAUCUUUGACAUAUGUCAAAGGUUCAUAUAUUUUUAAAUCCAUUGUGAUCCACGGACGUUCAUGGUAAAUACCAAACGCUUCACUACACUGAAGAUUUCAUAAUGGUAUUUGUGGGGCUCGCAGAUACGUUCUAACCUAUAUAUUUGUCAUGUAUACUAGCGCCACCUACUUGUCUCCGAGUAUCUAAAAACAUGUGAAAACAUGUAUUCAAGGUAUUACAUCUAGAUCGAAUGUUGUUACCUUUAAAAUAACUGUAAUUUUGUGUUUAAUAUGACGAGAGACUUUUAAAACUAGUGUAUCGUUUUUACUUGAUCAAUUGUACGUAAUAAUUUCGUAAAUAUGGAUCAAGAUAACUGUUCGGUGACUUGCUCUGUGAUAAUAGAACAAACGGACUUGCAUGGCUCGAUUCAAAAGAAGUUAAAUCAUCGAACGGCAACUCUACGCUUAGUUAGAAAUAAUUUUCGUGAAAUGUUCGUCGAAAUACGAGCCGAGAAAUCAAACCUAGUAACGAAGCUGCCGCUAAAGUCCAUCUCCGUUUUUAACAAAUUUAUGACUGAUGGGAAAGCUUCUAUAAAGUUUAAGGAUGAUAAUUGUACGCUAUUCUUGUCGAAUGCACCGACUACUCAACUAAUCAAUUUUUUGAAGACAAUAUACAUCAAAAUAACGAACCAGUCAGGACAGGGAUUGAAAAAUCCAUUGAAAGAGAAACUACUUUCUAAUAAGUCAUUGGGUGGCCACCAGGAAAUUAGUCCUGCAACAAGUGCAGAGGUAAACAGGGCCAAAGAGAGGGCUAUCGGCGUUUCACGUGCAACAAUUACUACACCAUCCCCUAGUGCUGCAAAAAAGAGGAAACGUACAGAUGAAAAUGGGAUAAGAAGCACUUCUGCAAAGAAACUUUAUGAAAAUCCGACAGUGACACAAAUUACAGAAGAACAAAGCAAAGUUUUAAAUGCGGUAGUGAAUGGAAAAAAUGUAUUUUUUACUGGGAGUGCUGGUACUGGUAAAUCAUUUCUACUGAAAAAAAUAAUAGCAGCGCUUCCUCCUGAUGCUACAAUGGCUACAGCAAGUACUGGAGUUGCAGCUUGUCAUAUAGGUGGGAUUACUUUACACCAGUUUGCAGGAAUAGGCCUGGGAACUGCUCAGUUAGGAAGAUGUUACCAAAUGGCUGCUCGUAAUUCUGCUAGCUUCUGGAGAAAAACAAAACAUUUGAUAAUCGAUGAGAUUUCUAUGGUUGAGGCAACAUAUUUUGAAAAAAUUGAAGCUGUUGCUAGGCAUAUACGUAGAAAUGAAAGACCUUUUGGUGGGAUACAACUGAUUUUAUGUGGAGACUUCUUUCAAUUACCACCUGUCUCUAGAGAUAAAACAGCAAAGUUCUGUUUUCAAAGUGAAGCAUGGGAAAAGUGUGUACACUUUAAUUUUGAACUACGAACUGUUCAUAGACAGAAGGACCCUGAGUUUAUAAAUAUUUUGAAUAAUAUUAGGAUAGGUAGAAUCACAGACAAUAUUGUGGAAACUCUUAAAGCAACAGCUAAACAAAAAAUUGAGAACAAUGGAAUUUUAGCAACAAGACUUUGUUCUCAUGUAAAUGAAGCUGAAGAGAUUAAUGAGUUUCAAUUAAACGAAUUGAAAGGUGAAUCCAAAGUAUUCGUAGCUCAAGACUCUGAUCAAUCUAUGACUACAACCAUGAAUCAACAGUUAAAUGUUCCUGGUAAACUUACAUUGAAAGAAGGUGCCCAAGUGAUGUUACUGAAAAAUAUAAAUAUUUCUAAUGGUCUAGUAAACGGAGCCAGGGGUGUAGUUAUCAAGUUUGUGGAUAAUGUACCAGUAGUUCAAUUUAAAUCAGGAAACAAGUUCCACUUAAACUGGCAUGGGCCUUUUCUAUUCAUAAAAGUCAGGGUUUGACAUUAGAUUGUGUUGAAAUGUGUUUAGCAAGAGUCUUUGAUGCUGGUCAGUCAUAUGUAGCAUUAUCGCGAGCGCA